AUGCAAAAUAUUUUCCAGCCACAUCCGUUUUCUACAACAAUUGGGACUCUGACAGAAAGAGCGACUGAUAGUGGUCAGCCGUCAGAAGAUUGGGCUCUGAUUUUGGAAAUAUGCGACACAGUAAAUGAAACGGAUGAUGGGCCUAAGGAGGCUAUAAGAGCGAUAAAGAAACGUCUAGUCACUUCUGCAGGCAAAGACAACGUUUCAAUAUGGUACACAUUAACACUCCUUGAAACUUUAGUAAAGAACUGUGGAAAAAGAUUUCACAGUCAGGUUGCUAACAAAGAGUUUCUGCAUGCUUUUCUAAAACUUUUAUCACCUAAGAAUGACCCUCCACAACAGCUACAAACGAAGGUUUUGUACAUGCUUAAAUGUUGGAUAUCAAGUAACUGGGAUGUCGCUGGUAAACGGGAUCUGGAAAAAAUAUAUGCUUCGCUUUUACAAAAAGGAGUGCAAUUUCCAACGGUUGCACCAGUUGACUGUUAUGCAUCAAAACCGUCAAGAGGCCUACGUGAUAAUUUGGUCACAUCUAAAACUGGAGUAACUAUUCCGCGAACUUGUUCACAAGAAAAUGAUAAAUUAACUGGAAGAUCUUUAGUACUUAAAAGUUCUGGAACAGAAUCGGAUAUCCAUUUACGUAAUCAUUUAUCUGUAAAUCCAUCAAGUUCAAGUGUAUUACAUCCAUGCUCUGUUUGCCAUUGUAUACAUGAAUCAAAUAUUCAAUCAUUAGCUUGUCAUAAUCUUGGUUCAAGACCUAAUGUUCAUCCUACUGGUAAUUCUGUAUCCUCAUACAGUCGUUCAACACGGAAUGUGCAUUUUAAUGGUACAAUUCAAAAUAGAUCACAGAUUAGUACUAUACCAAAUGAUUGUACUGUAAUGGUUGUUAACUCAGAUCAUCAACCAUCUACUUUAACUUAUCCACAUCCAUCUCAUACACAUUGUUUAUCAUUAUCUAAUAAUAAAUGUCAACAAAUGAAUACAAAUUAUUCAAUGAAUUCUAAUAAUCCUAAUAAUAAUGAUGAAAUGGAAUUUGAUGAAGAUGGUAUUGUACGUCAUUUAAAUACUUCACAACGUAUUAAAUUAACAGAAGAUUUAUCUAUUGUUGAAACAAAUAUUAAUGUAUUAAAUGAUUUAUUAGCUGAAUUAAGACCAGAUACUAUAACGAUAGAUGAUUUGAAUUUACUCAAAGAAUUAAAUUGUACAUGUCGUAUUAUGCAUCAACGUGUUAUGGAAUUUUUAAGUCAAGUAUCCGAUGAAGAAGUAAUUAAUAAUUUAAUUCAAGUUAAUGAUCAUUUAACAAAUACACUUUUACGUUACGAUCGUUUUGAACGAUAUUAUCAACGUGCAAUACAGAAUUCCGAUAAUAAUAAUUCUAACAAUCAACAAAUGGAUUCUGCAUUAUGUUUAACGAAUUCUAGACCACAACUAUGUUUAACUGCUUCAUCAAGUGACCAUAUUGAUUCAAGCCGUCAUCGAUCAAAUCAUCAUCAUCAUUAUCCGCAGCAGCAACACCACCACCACCACCAACAAUUAGCAAUUACAGCUGGACCAUCAUCUCUACGUCGUACAACUCUAAAUGAGUCUACAGUGAAUGGAGUUGUUAGUAGUCGAAUGAAUAGUUUACACUAUAAUCAUGCAGAUUCAGGUAACGGUAGUAGUACUGCUGUUUCAACCACCAGCAAUCACCAUAAUAAUAACGAGGAUGAAGAUGACGAUGAAAGCUUGUUGGAUAUAAGUGAAGGUCCCCAUGGUGGUUCUACAACUAGAUCUCAUGAUUCUGAUGAAACUGAUGAAAUUGCUAAAUGGUUAUCUAGUCGACAAUUGAUACCUGUAAACUCACAGCAACAAUCACAACACAGUCAUCGUCCUUUUCAACACCAACAACAGUCAUUGACUACAAACAGUCGUUCACAUUCAUGUGUACGAACAAAUCAUUUAAGUGCUAUUACAAACACUACUACUACUACCACUACUGCUGGUGUUUCUUUAUAUGCAACACAGAAUCCAUCAAAUAAAUCCGUUCAUUCUCAUCAAUCUUUUCAUGAAUUGUUAUAGUCACAGAUUGUUGAAAGCAUGUAACCCAAUAGAGUAAAGAAGAAGAAGAAGAAGCAGAAAAAGAAGAAAAUAAAAGUAAUAUAUUUCAUAGAGAAUAAUUCAUUGAAUAAAUCUCCUGUUUCAUAUAUAUACACGUUCACUAUUCUAUUAUUUCCUACUUUACAUUAGAACUGAUGAAUACUGAUUAUUAUGAUUAUUAUUAUUACCAUUAUUAUUAUUAUUAUUGCGUAAUAUACAUAUAUGUAUAUCUUAAUGUUUUUCAAUAAUAAUCUAUUUUGUUUUUCUAAAAGAGAAAACAAUGAAAUCACAUUGUUUACUUCCUUUUGAUGUAUUUCAUCAUUCAUGACUUCAUUUUUGUUGCAUUUUUACAAGACUAUUUCUUCUCUUUUUUAAUUUUUAUUUCAUAGAUUAAAAUGAUUAUAUAUAUAUAUAUAUAUAUAUAUAUAUAUAUAUAUAUAUAUAUAUAUAUUGGAGAGUUUUGAGCUACAUUUUCCCCUUUUCUAUGUCUCUAAGUGUGUAUGUUUCUUCUGUGUAUGAGUGCGUAUGUUUGUGUUUGCAUGUGCGUGUGUGAGUGAGUAAGUGUUUAUCGUUGGGCAGUUCUUUUUUCUUUCUCUUUUUCCUUUUUUUCCGUUUAUCAAAUUGUAAUUUAUUAAGUGAGUAAAUUAUUGUCAAGGUGAUUCCAUUAAACUAAAUUGUCUCUGUAUAUUAUUAAUUAUCAUAUAUAAAUAUAUAUAUUUAUUCUUCAUUUUAGUGAAUAAAAGAAAUCUGGUAAAUCACUCAUUAGUUAUAUGGUUUUCUGUGUUUGUUUGUUUGUUUGUUUGUUUCUCUUCCUUUUUUCUUCUUCAUUGUAUGUGUUUUCAGUUUCAUUCGUUUAUUAAUGUGUAUAAAUGAAUGAUCGGUUCAUACUUUGUUCUUGAUCUCGAUCUCAUAUUAUUCAAAUUGACCAUUGAAUAUGUUAUUUUUUAUGAUCUUGUUUUGAUUUUAUCGACAUG